ACAACUCCAGCAGCAGUGAAACUUGUGGACUUUCACUUCUUUAGCUCACGGAGACUCUUCACCGGCACAGAAAUUCAUACAAACCAGUCAUUUCCCACGGAAAGAGGCUAAUGUUCCCGCUGCUGCUUACAAACUUACAAACACUGGACUUUUAUUCUAUGUUCUGCUUUUAUGGCUAGCCGUCAUGCUAGCUAGCCUUCGACUGACAACAGCAUGAACUCAAAUUACACCUUAAAUUAGCUAGUUUUUAUUUGAGGCAUGUUAUAAGGGUCUUCAAGCUUCAGUUUGGCGAUGUGGUGGUCAUAUACUCGUGAAUGACCGCGUUUAAUAGCUUUUGUACGUGUGUAAUAUUUAUAGUUUAUUAUUAGCUCACGCUAACUCCACUAGUAAGAGUAGUGUUUGGACAUGGUUUUUGGGGAUAUUUGUGAUGAAGCGCGCCUGACCAGCUGUUUAUGAGUGAUUUGAGGAACUCUUUGUUCUGGGGAGGAAGAGGAAAAUGAGGAAGAGGAAGAUGAUGGCGAUGAAGAUCAGCUCAACAGGGAACUGCUGAUUAUAAAGACACACAAUCAGGACAAACAUGCCCAGGAGAAAACAGUCCAAUCCUCAGCCUGUCAAGUUGGGAGCUGAAGAUGGAGUGGCUGUUGGUAAUCAGGAAAACCUGGUGCUGGAGAGCGACUUCCUCCUCGGACAGGAACUGGGCUUUGGAGAAAAUGACUACAGGAUUGUUGGUUUUGAAAGGGACUCGGACUCUGUGGUGGCUGAUAUGGGCAUGCCGGUGUACAGCUUCAGCGAUGAGGACUGCUCCAGCUACAACCGUCUUGGCAUCGAGAGUGACUUCGAAGACCCUCGAGACACCGAGAGCGAGCGUGAAGAAAUGGCUCCUGAAGCUGCGUUUGCACCAUAUCUAUCCUGCAGGCAGUGCGGUCAGCUGCUGGGUGAUCCUCUGAGUGGCCUCUACUGCCUUCAAUGUGGAGAAGCUGACCGGCAGGACCGAUCCCUGGAGCCUACUCAACCAGCAGACAACACACUAGAGAACAUAAACCACAGCAGAUCUGACGGAAACGCUUCUAAAACGUUCUCCUGCAAGCUGUGCAGUUUCAGCUCGCGCUACUCCAAUCACUUGAAGCGGCACAUGAAGACUCACAACGGUGAGAAACCGUACCAGUGUCCGCACUGUGUGUACGCCUCGGCGCAGCUGGUGAAUCUGCAGAGGCACGUGCGCACACACACCGGAGAGAAACCAUACAAAUGCCAGUUCUGCACAUUCGCGUGCAAUUCUCUGGGAAACCUGAAGAGGCACCAGCGCAUGCACACGCAGGAGAAAGAGCUCAGCUGUUCACACUGCGACUUCAGAGCCAGCAACAGCCACUCUCUAAAGAAACACACCAAGAGCCAUAAGGAGGACAAAACUACUGCCUUAACGGAAGAAUCUGUGGUGUCGGACCUCACUCUGCACAUCAGCAGCGACCCAGACUUCCUCCAAAACUACGAUCAUCAUCAUAAUCAUCAUCCUCCUUCUCAUCUUCCUCCUCCAGCCCUGCUGCACACCGAGGGUUUGUCUGGGGAGUCUGACCCUCUGCCUGAGCUGCUGUUCCCCUUCAGCUGCCGCGUGUGUGGAGCUGUGCUGGACGACGACGAGGCCGCGGCGCCGCAGAUCUGCAGCAAAUGCACACUAGACAUGCUCUCCAAAAGCUCCCCGGACAAAGACGAUAAGCUGUUUCCAUGCACGUCAUGUCCGUUCGUCACGCAGUAUCCCAACCACCUCGCUCGCCACAUGAAGACGCACAGCGGAGAAAAGCCCUACAAGUGUCCGCAGUGCAGCUAUGCGUCUGCGCACUUCGAUAACCUAAAACGGCACCACCGCGUGCACACCGGCGAAAAGCCGUACAAGUGCCGCGUGUGCGAUUAUGCCUGCGGAAAUCUUGCCAAUCUGAAGCGGCACGAGCGCAUCCAUUCAGGCUCCAAGCCGUUCCAGUGCAGCGUGUGCAGUUACAGCUGCAACCAGAGCAUGAACCUGAAGCGCCACAUGCUGCGGCACACCGGAGAAAAACCCUUUAAAUGCCAGCACUGCGGGUACACCACCGGCCACUGGGACAACUACAAACGACACCAGAAAAAACAUGGACACGCCGGCGGCGAAGGCUGGAUUAAGAUGCAGCUGCCCGAGAAAGAGGACGAGGAGGAGGAGGGAGAGAUGUAGGAGAGCUGCAGGUUGAUUUUGCAUCGAUUGGGAGAUUUUCAUAAGCGUUGCAAUUCUUUAGUGAAUCGGUUUUGGGCUUAAUUUUUAACAGCAGAUGGCGCUCUAGGCUAGUUUUUAACAACAGUAGACUGCACUCUAGGCUAGUUUUGAACAGCAGACAUGUUCUAGGCUAGGUUUAAACAACAGAUGAUGCUCUAGGCUAGUUUAAAACAGCCAAUGGUGCUCUAGGCUAGUUUUAAACAGCAAAUGAUGCAUGCCCUAGACUAAUUUUAACAGAUGAGUGUGGUUUAUGCUAGUUUUGAACAUUAGAUGGCGCUCUAGGCUAGUUUCAAACAGCAGAUGGUGCUCUAGGCUAUUUUUUUUAACAGCAGAGGGCGCUCUAGGCUAGUUUUGAAUAGCAGAGGGCGCUCUAGGCUAGUUUUGAAUAGCAGAAGGCGCUCUAGGCUAGUUUUGAAUAGCAGAGGGCGCUCUAGGCUAGUGAUGAACAGCAGAGGGUGCUAUAGGCUAGUUUUGAACAGCAGACGGCGCUCUAGGCUAGUUUUCAAAUGCAGAUGAUGGUGCUCUUGGCUAGUUUUGAGCAGAAGAUGGUGCUCUAGGCUAUUUUUUAACAGCAGAUGUUGCUCUAGGCUAGUUUUGAACAGCAGAGGGCGUUCUAGGCUAGUUUUGAAUAGCAGAGGGCGCUCUAGGCUAGUUUUGAAAAGCAGAGGGCGCUCUAGGCUAGUUUUGAACAGCAGAGGGUGCUAUAGGUUAGUUUUGAACAGCAGAGGGUGCUAUAGGCUAGCUUUGAACAGCAGAGGGCGCUCUAGGCUAGUUUUGAACAGCAGAUGAUGGUGCUCUUGGCUAGUUUUGAGCAGAAGAGGGUGCUCUAGGCUAUUUUUUAACAGCAGAUGUUGCUCUAGGCUAGUUUUAACAGCAGAUGAUGGUGCUCUGAGCUAGUUUUAACACCAGAUGAUGGUGCUCUAGGCUAGCUUUUAACCUCAGACUGUGCUCUAGGCUAGUUUCUAACUGCAGAUAGUGCUUUAGGCUAGUUUUUAACAACAGGCUAUUUUUAAUAGCAAACAUUGCUCUAGGCUAGUUUGAACAUCAGACUGCAUUCUAUGCUAGUUUUUAACAGCAGAUGGCGUUCUAAGCUUGUUUUAACAACCUUUGAUGGUGCUCUAGGCUAGCUUUUAACAGCAAACUGGGCUUUAGGCUAGUUUCUAACUGCAGAUGGUGCUCUAGGCUAGUUUUUAACAACCGAUGGCAUUCUAGGCUAGCUUUUAACAGCUUUUUUUAAUUAAAAACUAGCAUAGAGCGCCAUCUACUGUUGUUAAAACUAGCCUAGAGCGCUGUCUGCAGUUAAAACUAGCCUAGAGCGCUGUCUGCUGUUAAAACUAACAUAAAGUGCUGUCUGCUGUAAGAAACUAGCCUAGAGCACCAACUACUGUAAAAAAAAAAAAUAACCUGGAGCGUCAUCUGCUUUUAAAACUAGUGUAGAGAAUUAUUUACUGUUAGAAGCUAGCCAUAGAGUGCCAUCUUCUGUUUGUAAAAACUAGCCUAGAGCGCCAUCUACUGUUUAAAAACUAGCCUAGAGCACCAUCUAUUCUUAAAAACUAGCCUAGAGUGCCGUCUUCUGUUUAAAAACUAGCCUAGAGCACCAUCUAUUGUUAAAAACUAGCCUAGAGUGCCAUCUUCUGUUAAAGUAAACUCAGUGGUUCAGAAGAGAAAAGUGAUGCAUUUUGAAAAUCUCCCAAUCAAUGCAGAAUGGAUUUUUCACUGCUCGUGAUGUCUAGCUCCAGUGGCCUUAAUAUUAUUAUUAUUAUUAUUAUUAUUAUUAUCAUCAUUGGAAUCCAUUCAUGAUGAUGGGGCUGUUUUUUGUCCAUAUGGUGAUUGAUUGUAUUUUUUGUAGUUGAACUGUGUGCAACAGUUGAUUAUAAUCACACAAUCACAGUCUAAAUGUCAUUUAAGAGCAUCUUCUUGAACUGAAAGGGCGCAUUUAUGCAGCGCUGCAGGUGAAUCUCACAAAAAAUACAUCGAGGUUAUCUUUCACUUCAAUAUUAAAAGAAGACAUGAUUAUUUGUUUGGUAGGGGUAUUAAUGGUUUCUUUUUGCUUUGGGAAUUGUGAAUAAUUUUUAUUUGGCUCAUUUGCAGUAAUUAUUACAAAUUUAAAUGGUUAAUUUAAUUCGUAUAAAUUGAAAA